AUGACGAAACUCUUCCAGCGCCUCUGUGACCGCGCGCGGAGUCACAUCCUGCAGGCAAAGUGGCGUCAGAAAUACUACGCCGACGCUCGCCGUAGGGCUGUGGAAUAUAAGGUGGGCGACCAAGUCUGGCUUAGUGCCAAACACUUGCCUGCUCUUAACCAUUGUUCUAAGUUUGAACCCCGAUACCGGGGGCCCUUCACUGUGACUGAACGCAUUGGCACGGUCGCUUACCGUCUUGCUCUGCCCCCAACAUACGAGGGACACAAUGUUUUCCAUGUUUCACAAUUGGUUCCCCAUCACCCCCGUGAUUCCGCUUUGGUUCCACGCGAAGCUCCGGUUGGUUGGCCUCCAACUCGCGAUGACGCCGGCAACCUUACGGACCAGUAUCUUGUCGACUAUAUCAUGGACCAAAGAGGGACUGGAGAGGAAGCCCAAUAUCUUGUUAAGUGGAGGGGCGCCCCCGAGGAACGGGCCACAUGGGAACCCGCUCACCACUUGGCAGGGUGCCCCGCCUUAAUUCGGGCCUGGCAACGUCGCAAGCGCCGACGCCUUCCAUCCUGA